UAUUUUGUCUUGUAAAUUCAUUAAUGAUACCGAGAAGACGACUUCCACGAGAAAGCAGAAAGGUGUCCUCAUGCAAAUAUUCAACAUGGAUAUGCUUCACAUCAUUCUCGAUAUUCUUCUACCUCCUCUUACACUCAUCUUCCUCUUUCUCUUUUACUCAUUCUAUCUUUUCAUCAAACUUCUGAACUGUGACCGUAAACAUCUUUGCGUUGAAAAUGUCGUUGGAAAAGUAGUUCUCAUUACCGGAGCUUCCUCCGGCAUCGGAGAGCAUGUUGCAUAUGAGUACGCGAAGAAAGGAGCAAAUCUAGCUCUGGUUGCUCGAAGAGAGGAUCGUCUACAGAUAGUAGCAGAGACAUCACAACAGUUAGGUUCAGUGGACCAUUUAAUUAAUAAUGCUGGUGUAUCACAGACUGUUUUGUUUGAGGAUUUCUCCCAGAUACAAGUCGCGAAUCCUAUAAUGGAUACUAACUUCUGGGGCUCAACAUACAUAACUUAUUAUGCAAUUCCCCAUCUACGACAAAGUAAAGGAAAAAUAGUUGUGAUUACGUCUGCUGCAGCAAAGAUAGCUAUCCCAGUGGCAACCAUCUACUCUGCAAGCAAAGCAGCAUUGUUAGGAUUUUAUGAGGCACUAAGAAUUGAACUCAAUCCGGAUAUACAAGUAACAAUUGUUAUCCCUGGACUAAUCUCAACGGAUAUGACAACUCCUGAGUUUAUAAGACAUGGUUCAGAUUGUAUAGUAUCAGAACCAGUUAAUAGAUGUGCGAAAGCAAUUUUCAAAGGUGUUUGUAGAGGAGAAUCAUACAUCGAAGUACCAAGUUGGAUCAAAUGGUUCUUUUUAGUCAAGACAAUGUGGCCUGAAGUAAUCGUCUCCAUCUUCAACUACUCUUUCCUUCAUUUUAUGAAGCCUUAUUUCAAGCGUGACUGAAAAAACAAGAAGUGAUCCAUUUAACUCUAAAUCGCUAUUCUUCAAUAACAUGAUACAGUUGUAUUCUCUCAAGUGCCAAAACAGAUUACUUCUCUCCUUUCUUUAACCCUAGAAAAAUCAAUAUCAGUUUUGUGUUUGUUUUUUUUUAAUUGGGAUGGAUAAUUUUUAAAAUCACCCUUGUUCAAAAAAAAGAAGAAAAAAAACUUGUAAAA